UCGUUCGUAUGCCGCAUAUAAUGGGGCGAACUGCAACUUGGGAGUCCGACAAAGUCUCCUCAAAUCAAGAUGAAAUUGGAAGAAAACACAAAAUUUAAUAAAAAAUUGCGAAACCAUCUCGUGCAAUAUUCCUCCUCCACUAGCAUUCAUGGUUUCAAAUACCUCACCGAAAAACGCUCGAAAAUUGAAAAAACAAUUUGGUCCUUGAUGCUAUUAACUCUGUUAAGUGGGUGUAUGUUUAUGAUUUAUAAAGUCUACCACAAAUACGAGAGUUGUCCUGUUGUUGUGAGUUUUUCAACAAAAGACACUCCACUGUACCAAAUCCCAUUUCCUGCUGUCACUAUUUGUCCAGAAUCGAAAUAUUCGCGAAAAGAGUUUAAUUACAGUAAAGUUUAUUUCGAGAUAAUGCAAGAUAAGGAAAUCAACGAAACUGAAUUGAAAAAUUUCUACUAUUUGACCCUCCUGUGUGACCCUGACCUCGACAUUAGCCAACGGGCCAAUAAAACAGUCGAUGAUCAAUUUUUCCAAGUCCUGGAUCAAGUCAAACUUAACGUCGACUCAAUUUUACAUUUUUGCAACUUUAUGGGAAAAUACUACAGUUGUGACAAACUCUUCACCCCGAUUUUGAUCGAUCAGGGAGUUUGUUACUCUUUUAAUAACCUAGGACGCGAGGAGUUGUUCAAAAAACACGUUUUCCACUACUCGGACUAUUACCACGUCCCCAACAACUCCCACAACGUCUACGACACGGAAAAAGGCUACGACACCAACUCCGGAGUCGACACACAUCCCAAAAGGGCCCUAAUGUCCGGAGCCGACAACUCCCUCACUGUUUUCUUCAAUUACGACACUGCUGACACUGAUUUCAUUUGCAAUAGUUUCUUGCAAGGAUUUAGAGUUUUGAUUCAUAAUCCCUGGGAUGUGCCACGUCUCACCAAACAUUAUUUCCGCAUCCCUGUGAGCAAAGUCGUAGUGGCGGCCAUUGAACCGGAAAUUGUUAAAACCUCAAUCGAAGUCCGGAAAUUCCCCCCGGAAAAACGCAAAUGCUACAUGAACAACGAACGGCCCUUGAAGCACUUCAAAAAUUACACUCAACCCAAUUGCUAUCUCGAGUGUUUGACCAAUUACACCCUCAAGCAGUGCGGCUGUGUGCAAUUUUUUAUGCCCAGAGAUAACCGGACUGCUAUUUGUGGCAGUGGGAGUGGAAAUUGUUUGAUAAGAGCUGAAGAAAACCUCAAAUUGAAAGACUUGGAAUUUAAGAUCCUAGGCCAGACUUUCUGUGAUUGCAAACCUUCUUGCACUAAUCUGAGAUUCAAUAUGGAAACAUCUCACAGCGAUUUCUAUUACAAAGAAUAUUUUGAAGCACAUUUGAAUAUGAAAAUUGAUGAUGACGGGACCCACUGGUCAGUUCUACAAAUUUAUUUCAAAGAUGAGCAAUUUAUUACUUUGGAACGAAACGAAUUGUAUGGAAUUACGGAUCUGAUUGCGAGUUUUGGGGGCCUUUUGGGCCUUUUUACCGGAUUUUCGUUAGUUUCGUUGGCUGAAAUUAUUUAUUUUUGUACUGUUAGGAUUAUUUGUAAUACGAGAUUGUAUGGCCGUUGGUCAGGGCCUCAAUAA